GUCUGUCAUUUCCUUUCGCCCUUCGCUGGUGCAUUCUUUUUUACAUUCUAUCAUUUGCUUCUUUAUAUUAUUUACCGUGGCCGGCCACAUUUCCCCCCUUAUAAUACCGACUCCGUUCAUUUCCUCGUGCCGUUACUUCCUUGGAACAUUAGGCCCAGACCGAGAGGAAGGCAAAGGAGCAAAGAGAAUUAGGAAUUAGCAAAAUAAACGACGACACGGAACGUGACCGUCACAAUGGCCCGUAAAGCGUCCUUCAACCCGAUUGCCUCGCUGGUUCUUCUCCUCUCACUCUCGCUCUUCCAUGUCUCGUUUGCUAGUGCAGCAGCAGUCCGUGUGAGAACUGCUAUUGCUCCACGACAAAGCCCAGCUGAGACGCCUGCGAUCCCUGCUAGCCUACCCGUGUCCUGUGCAGACUACAGUCGAAUCGCCAAUCUGUCAAAUAUUGCGACAAACUCUACGCUCCGUGCUGCAUUUCUACGAUCAUCGUCGCUGGGCACCUUCCCCGCAGCGGCUAUCCUCGACGCCGAAGCCCCAAAGCUAAUGGAUCUCAUGUUCAAUGUGGCACUCAAUCAGGAGUGCGGAAACUCGAGUGCUAUUGCUGUUGUCGAGGCUGGCCGCAACCUCACCGCCGGUACUGUGGCAGGGCUUAAGAUUCGCGAUGCUCCCGGUAUUGCGCCUGACAAUGUCGCUCUGCCGAUUCUUUGCGUUGCCCUAAUCAUCAUUAUGGGGUUGCCAGCAACUGUGCUUUAAUCUGACAAGGGAAUACGGUUUUGCCAAAGACAUCAUCCGCCAAAUACAUCGCACCAUAAGAAGGACGAAGCAGAACUUUAUCGACGGUGGGCUGGUGGGUUGCCAGAACUAGAAAGGAUGGAUAGAAUCGAUCAGGAUAUGGUAUAUACACAGAGAUAAGGCCAUCAUGAGACAUCAAGGGUCGGGCACAAAGUUCCUG